UAUCUUUGAUGGAGGGGCGGCGAGGGUCCGAGGGGUUUUAUCAUUAGUGGGAGAGUCGUUAUAAAGCCGAUCUUGAAGAUCAUCAUCAGCCUCCUUCUUUCAUAAUCACACCCUCGACUCCCUCUCCCUCUUGCAUCCUCUCUUCCCCCUUCUCAUACAUCAAACUACCACUUGAUCCUCUUCAGCCAUCACUCCAUUCCCCCCCCCCCCCCCAAAAUCAAGCAAACCAACGAACCAACAACUCCCCCAAACACAAUGGCUACCAACAUCACCUGGCACCCGUCCCUCUCCCGCCGCGAGCGCAACCAGCUCCGCUCCCAGCGCGGCCUCACAAUCUGGCUCACCGGCCUCUCCGCCUCGGGCAAGUCCACCGUCGCCACCGCCCUCGAGCAGCACCUCCUGCACCUCGGCCUGGCCGCCUACCGCCUCGACGGCGACAACGUCCGCUUCGGCCUCAACAAGGACCUCGGCUUCUCCGAGCGCGACCGCAACGAGAACAUCCGCCGCAUCGGCGAGGUCGCAAAGCUCUUUGCCGACUCCGCCACCAUCGCAAUCACCUCUUUCAUCUCUCCCUACCGCGCUGAUAGGGACCUCGCCAGGAGCCUGCACGCCCAGGCUAGCCAGGACGGCAGCGACGACGAGCCCAUCCCCUUUGUCGAGGUCUACGUCGACGUGCCCCUCGAGGUCGCCGAGCAGCGCGACCCCAAGGGCCUCUACAAGAAGGCGCGCGCCGGCGAGAUCAAGGACUUUACCGGCAUCUCUGCGCCCUACGAGGAGCCGCUGAACCCUGAGAUCACCAUCAAGACGCACGAGAACACGGUCGAGGAGUGUGUUGCGCAAAUCACAGACUGGCUCGUCGCCAAGGGCUAUAUCAGCAGCAGCAAGGCGCAGGUGAAGAAUUAA